GUUGCAUCUAUUACCAGUUGUUAAUUUCAUAGGAAAGAGCAUAAAAUGCAACCCUGAAAUAACAUAUAAUCCCUGUAAAAUACAUGUAAACAAUUUCAUCAACACUUCAUUAUUCAAAACCGCAAAAUAGAUUGACACGUUUUUAAGGAUAAAAUUUCCUGUAAAUAUAAAACAGGCAGUAUAGUAAGAAAAUUUUUCAUUAUAAUAGUGUAUAAUAAAAAACGUCGAAAAUAGCUGCCCAACAUAAUUACCUUCCACAGACAAGCUUGUGCUGUUUUUUCGAAAACCAAAACACCACAAUGAAUGAGGCGGCAUUGGCUGGAAUGAUUCCGUACGACACGAUCGGUCUGUAUGAGCAACCGAAACCACGUUUUAUUUUUAAGAUGCCGCGUGUCGUACCCGAUCAAAAAUCUAAAUUUGAAAGUGAUGAACUUUUCCGUCGUUUAAGUCGAGAGAGUGAAAUUAGGUACACAGGAUAUCGCGAGCGUGGUUUAGAAGAGCGUCAAAUUCGUUUUCAAAACGGUUGCCGUGAAGGUCAUACAGAAAUUUCAUUCGUUGCAUCGGGUACUAAUUUGCAACUUGUCUUUAACGCUACACAGAAUCCAUAUGUACAUGAUAAGGAGUGUGAUUUUGAUAAGGAACAUGGAAAAGUUCAUAUAAAAUCAUAUUUCAUUAUGAACGGAGUGUGUGUACGAUUCCGUGGCUGGCUAGAUUUGGAGCGAUUGGAUGGUGUAGGAUGUUUGGAGUAUGAUGAACGGCGCGCGAUGCACGAAGAUGCUAUACUUCGCGAUCAAAUAGAUAGAUACAAUCAACGUCUGCGAGAAUUUGAAGAUACUAAGCGGGUUUAUCGCGAAAAUCGUCCGGACGAAAUGGAAGCUGUUCGACGUGGCGUCGCAUCGGGCGGAAUUGGAGUAGGAACUGCCACUAUGUGGCGGCGUUAAUUCUUAUUCUUAUCCAUACAGUCAUGUUACGGACCAUUGCUUUUAAGUAAAAUGCAACAAAUUUUAUUUUAUAGUCCUCGUAAUAUAUUCAAAAUAAUGAAAUAAAAGUAUAAAUAUUGAGUAGCCGUUGUUAAGGCACUUAGGACGAAA